CUUCAGGCCGCCAAAAUGGCCGUCGACCACGUCAACCGAUUGGGGGCCCUUCCGAAGUUCCACCUCAGACUCGUCCACAACGACACCCAGUGCGAUCCUGGAGUGGGAGUCGAUCGGUUCUUCCAUGCUCUCUACUCACAGAGGAAGAACGCGCCCAUGCCGCUUCUGCUCGGAACGGCUUGCUCCGAGGUGACGGAGACCCUUGCCAAGAUCGUCCCUUAUUGGAACAUGGUACAGGUGUCUUUCGGGUCCACAGCCCCGGCUCUUUCCGACUCUUCGGAGUUCCCGCUGUUCCUGAGGACCGUGGCUCCGGACUCCAGCCACAACACGGCCAGGAUCGCCCUGAUCAAGCACUUCGGAUGGGACACGGUGACCGCGCUCUCCCAGACCGGAGAUAUGUACUCCUUGGCCGUCAACGAUCUGGUCACGGAACUCGAACGGGCCAAUAUCACCUGCACGGCCACUAUCACCUUUGCGGAGAACGACUUCAAGGAACAGUUGCGGACCCUUAAGGACCUCGACACGCGGAUCAUCAUCGGCAGUUUCUCCCCUCGCCUUGCACCUCGGGUCUUCUGUGAGGCUUGGAAGCUCGGCAUGCACGGCGGCGACUACGCCUGGAUACUUCCUGGGGACACCAUCGAUCUUUCGGGCACCACCGGAGAUUGGUGGCACACCGGUCCCGAGGACUGCUCGCCCUCUCAGCUGGCUCAGACCCUCGACGGCCUCGUCAUCGUCAAGAGCCACGACACCGUCCUGGACGACGACGUCAGCUUCUCCGGCCUGACGACCGCGGAUUUCGUGUCGGAGCUGGCCAAGAGAGGGGUGACGUCUUCGAGGUUCUCCGCCCAGACUUACGACGCCGUGUGGACCAUGGCGUUGGCCAUAUCCAAGACGGAAAACGGGCUUAACCAGAGGAACAUCAGCCUGGUGCAGUAUACGCACUUGCGGAAGGACCUGGCCUACGAGCUUCUCGGACAGCUGAAGGGCUUGCACUUUAUCGGGGUUUCGGGUCCGGUCUCCUUCGACGGUGCCGAUCGCGUGGGUAUCACCGCUUUUUAUCAAAUGCAGGGACACGUUAUCCGCAGAAUUGCUAUCUUUACCCCGGAAGAUGGCCACCUCACGAUGAAUUGCUCCGGGUGCGCGAACACAAGAUGGCCUGGAGAACAUCCACCUACAGCUCGUAGGGUGUUCAGGUUGCGAGUCGUCACCGUAGCACCUGCUGCGUUUCUUGCGGUCACCUGUCUGGCCAGCGUGGGGGUGACGCUCGCCCUGGCGUUUCUGGCCUUCAACCUGCACUUCCGGAAGCACAAGAGCAUCAAACUCUCGAGUCCUAGGCUGAACAACAUGGCUGCCGUGGGCUGCGCCCUGGUCUAUGGGGCAGUCAUCCUUCUGGGUCUAGACCACGCCACUCUUCCCGACAGCGAUGGCUACUUCCCCACGGUUUGCACCGCGAGGGUGUACCUCCUGUCGGCGGGGUUUUCUCUGGCCUUUGGCUCCAUGUUCACAAAGACGUACCGGGUCCACCGGAUCUUCACCAGGAGCCGCAGCGGGGUCGUCAAGAACAAACUCCUGCAGGACACCCAGCUGAUGAGUCUCAUCUGCGUGCUGCUGCUGAUAGACGGUCUGGUGGUGACCCUGUGGGUCACCGUGGACCCCAUGCAGAGGCACCUGAGGAACCUGACUUUGGAAAUCAGCGCCCAGGACAGGGGGGUCGUCUAUCAGCCCCAGGUGGAGGUAUGCCGUUCUCAGUACACAAACUGCUGGCUGGGAGCUCUCUAUCUCUACAAGGGUCUGCUGCUGAUCGUGGGCGUCUACAUGGCCUGGGAAACCAGGCACGUCAAGAUCCCUGCGCUGAACGACUCCCAGUACAUCGGGAUGAGCGUCUACUCCGUCGUCAUCACUUCCGGCAUCGUCGUGGUCCUAGCGAACCUGAUGUCCGAUCGAGCCACCUUGGCCUUCGUCACCAUUACGGCCUUGAUCCUGGCCUCUACCACCGCCACCCUGGCUUUGCUCUUCCUUCCUCAGCUGGCCAACAUCCUGGCCGGAGAGAGAGCGGAUCCCGUGGUCCAGAGCCUGGGCCUCAAGAUCGAGAGCAACACCAGAAGAUUCGUCACAGAUGACAAAGGGGAGCUCCACUUUCGAGUCGAGGUGCAAAACAAGGUGUACAGGCGAGAGAUGGCCCAGCUGGAGCUGGAGCUGGCGAGGCUGGAGAAGCAGCUGGGACAGGAGCAACCGGACCCUUCCCAGGACUCGUCAAGCGCCUCCAUCCCCCAGAGGAAUCCCAGUAUAACUGGGGGAGUGCCUCUUCUUCUUCUAAGUGUCCUGCCCCCGAUCAUCCCUCGUGCCAGCUGGCCAUCGGCUGAUCCAUCCGGCAUGCGUCGCGGAACCGUAGCGUUUAGCAGUCAACCGGACCUGGAGGAAGGUCCUCGAAGGAGCCUGGCGGACAUUUACAAGCUGGACAGGCGCAGAGACACGGAGGGUCCGAACCGACUCGGCGUCUUCCAGCGGCUCUUCAGCAUGUUCGGCAGUCGACCCAGCAGCAGGAAGACGUCCACGGCGUCGUUUACUGGUGUAGCAUCGGCCCUGAGAGUACACAUGGGCUACAUAGCCGGUCUGGUACCGGGGGCCAAAGCUGCCUCCACGUGCCAGGUAGACACCCAAGGUACCCGACAAUCUCACCCCAGGUGUGGAUCAGGACCUAUAAUCAACAUCACCAGCGAGGAGGACCGUCGACUGAGUCUGGGGCUGCGCAGGAAAGAAAGCAGCGAGCCUAGGGUGAACUUCACUCUUCCCCCACAGGCGAGCUCGAGUCACACGUCCUCCAGAGAGAAGGUCCGCGGUUCUCCGAGGUUCCCCCACCGGAUCGUCCUGGCGAACAGCCUGGGAGCGAUUCCCCCCUCGAGCCUGGUGCAACCCCAUCGCUGGCACUCCAUGGAAGAUGCCACCAGGCCGAGGGUCACCCCGAUUCCAAGAGGCGCUUCCCUCAGCCCGAACUGCGACGUCUGGGCUACCCACGAGGUCGGCAUUCCCCUCAGCGAGCUGGCCAGCACCGCCAGGGGAAGAAAACCUCCCGAUACUCUGGCACUGACGAUCGCGACGGACGAAGACGUCGAACGGAACGAAACGUUGACGAUGGACCUGCGAAAGCUCUUCAGGGAGAACGGCGCCGCCGAGACCCCCUGCGAAGGCGGCGUCGUCGACGAAGAAGCGCGCAAGCCGAAGUCCGCUUCGUCCUCGUCGUCUCCGUCCAAGCCGAAAGUCCUGCCCGGUGAUCUCGUGAAAGGAUCUGCUGGAAAGAGCGACUCCACGACGGAGGGGUCCCUGGUCCUUGCCCCGGAGUCGGGAGCCUCGGACCAUCCGGAUAGUCCGAAGAUCCUGGCGAGCACCUUGAACAGUCCCAUUGGCGAAACGGCGGAGGUCGCCGAGGAAGGUCCCGAAUCUCCUCGAGAGGAUCAGUGA